AAUCAAAAUCACAAUCACCCCCUUCCCUCAUUUCCAGGUCAAAUUCAAAAUGAUCAAUCCUAUUCCAUCUUCAUCAUCACUAACAGUAACACCAACCUUAAUAUAACCUUUCCGAUCAUCACUCACUUCCUCCAAUUCCCACGGAACACACACACCACACCACACCACACCAAUGGCUUCUCCUUCUUUCUCUCUUUUCCUCUUCUUCUCCUCCUUCUUCCUUUUCUUCACUCUCUCUCUUUCAUCAUCAGACGCUCCACAAACCUUCAUCAUCCACGUGGCACGAUCAGACAAACCCACCCUCUUCUCCACCCACCACCACUGGUACACCUCCAUCCUCCGCUCCCUCCCUCCCUCCUCUCACCCCACUGACAUCCUCUACACCUACGACUCCGCCGUCAACGGCUUCUCCGUCCGGUUAACCCCCGCCCAAGCCGCCACCCUCCGCCGCCACCCCAGCAUCCUCGCCGUCGAGCCCGACCAAAUCCGCCACCUCCACACCACCCACACCCCCACCUUCCUCGGCCUCGCCGACACCACCGGAUUAUGGCCAAACUCCCACUACGCUGACGACGUCAUCGUCGGCGUCCUCGACACCGGAAUCUGGCCGGAGCGACGAAGCUUCUCCGACUCCGGCCUCUCCGCCGUCCCCUCCUCCUGGAAAGGAACCUGCGAAAUCAGCCAUGACUUCCCUGCUUCUUCCUGCAACGGAAAAAUCAUCGGCGCUAAAGCGUUCUACAAAGGCUAUGAAUCUUACAUCCAGAGACCCAUUGACGAGUCUGUUGAAUCGAAAUCGCCCAGAGACACUGAAGGCCACGGUACCCACACUGCCUCCACCGCCGCAGGCUCCGUCGUGAAGAACGCUAGCUUGCUCCACUAUGCGCAAGGCGAAGCAAGAGGAAUCGCCUCUAAGGCGAGAAUCGCCGCAUACAAGAUCUGCUGGAGCCUGGGGUGUUUCGACUCCGACAUUCUCGCCGCCAUGGAUGAAGCUGUUUCCGAUGGGGUUCAUGUAAUCUCCCUCUCCGUUGGAUCCUCCGGCUACGCACCGCAGUACUACCGUGACUCCAUCGCUGUUGGGUCAUUCGGCGCGGCGCAGAGCGGCGUCGUUGUGUCUUGCUCUGCCGGGAACUCAGGACCCGGUCCUUACACUGCUACCAACAUCGCUCCUUGGAUUUUGACAGUUGGAGCUUCAACCGUUGACAGAGAGUUUCCGGCGGAUGUGAUUCUCGGCGACGGUAAAGUCUACGGUGGUGUUUCUUUGUAUUACGGCAAUGGUUUGCCGGAUUAUAAGCUUCCUCUGGUGUACGCUGCGGAUGCUGGAAGCAGAUACUGCUACAUGGGGAGUCUGUUAUCUUCCAAGGUUCAAGGGAAGAUUGUUGUCUGCGAUCGUGGAGGGAACGCGAGAGUUGAGAAAGGGAGUGCGGUGAAGUUUGCAGGUGGGUUGGGAAUGAUCUUGGCGAACACAGCUUCUAGCGGCGAAGAGCUUCUAGCUGAUGCUCAUCUUCUAGCAGCAACAAUGGUGGGUCAGAAAGCUGGUGACAAGAUCAAAGAGUAUAUAAGAUUGAGUCAAUACCCAACAGCAACUAUCAAAUUCAAAGGGACUGUGAUUGGGAACUCACCUUCUGCUCCUAAAGUUGCUUCGUUUUCGAGCCGCGGUCCGAAUUAUCGCACUUCAGAGAUUCUCAAACCAGAUGUUAUAGCUCCUGGGGUGAACAUUUUAGCAGGGUGGACAGGAAAAGUUGGACCAACUGAUUUGGAUUUUGAUCCUAGGAGGGUUGAGUUUAACAUAAUUUCAGGUACUUCAAUGUCAUGUCCUCAUGUUAGUGGAGUUGCAGCAUUGUUGAGGAAAGCCUAUCCAAAUUGGUCACCUGCUGCUAUAAAAUCAGCUUUGAUGACUACAGCUUAUGAUGUGGAUAAUUCUGGUGGGAUUAUUGGGGAUCUUGGAACUGGAAGAGAGUCAAAUGCUUUCAUUCAUGGAGCUGGACAUGUUGAUCCAAACAAGGCUUUGAAUCCUGGGUUGGUUUAUGAUUUGGAUGGUUCUGACUAUCUUGCAUUCUUGUGUUCAAUUGGGUAUGAUGCUAGGCAAAUUCAGGUUUUCACAAGAGAGCCUACUGGUUCUGACAUUUGUGGGAAAAAACUAGCUAGGACUGGGAGAUUGAAUAGUCCUGGUGAUUUGAAUUACCCAUCUUUCUCUGUGGAAUUUGGUGCCUACAAAAGCUUGGUUAAGUACAAUCGUGUUGUUACUAAUGUGGGAGGCUCAGAUGAUGCUGUUUACAAUGUCAAGGUGAAUGCUCCUAAUGGUGUUGAUGUCAGUGUCUCACCAAGCAAGCUUGUGUUCAGUGCUGAGAACAAGACACAGGCUUUUGAGGUCACUUUCACUAGAGUUGGGUAUGGUGGCUCUCAGAGUUUUGGGUCCAUUGAGUGGAGUGAUGGAAGUUACCGUGUGAGGAGCCCAAUUGCUGUGAGUUUUAGCAGUGGAUCCUCAUCAUCAUCAUCCAUGUGAAUUGCACUCAAGAUUGUUGCAGUGGAAACACGUCUUACACAGGUUAUGGGUUCAACUUCAGCCUCUUUGUAAUUUUAAUUUUAGCCUAUUGUACAAAGUACUACAAAUUAUUUAUUCUGUAUGGUGGUAUUCUCAGUGCUGUCUCAUACAGUUGUACUCUAGAUUAAUCUGAAGUAGUUGGUGAAGGUCUUCCAAUAAUUUAUGGGGCUGAAAUAGAAUCUUGCAUAAAAUGUAUUCGGAUAAUUGGGGUGUUGCAUAUUGAUCAUGUGUUCAUGUUCAGAUUGAAAAACAUGCUUAUGUUGGUGUAUCAUGUAAAACAAGAUGUAAGAUGUAUAUUUUUUUUUGAAAGAUGAUGUAAGAUGUAUAUACCUGAAGACA